CUUUUUCCCUGAGAAAAUGACCCCCAAUUAAGAGCACACCCUACGAAAAAUGUUUCAAUAAUCGCUUACAUCCGUUUCAGUUUCAGCACGGUAAGCCAAAAUCUAAACAGAAGCCUGCAUACAUUAUUAGCAGUUUCCACCUUGUCGAAACAGAAAAGUCAGCGGUGAUGACAGCAGCGAUAUAAAGGGACAGUUUGACUUGGAGACCAAGGACUGGUUAACAGUAAUGAUCCUAUCAGCUGUUCUCAGCGGCACUCAAGUGUUCACACUUGGUGUGCGUUUCUUGCUUGAAACGACACACAGGGCUUUCGUAAGCAGCCUGUUGAGCACGCAGCUCAUAUCCUGUGUUGUUCUGAGGAAGCUGUGAAGUCACAGUGUCACCACAUCAGCGGCACGUCCCGAGCAGCCUCUCACAAGAGCUCUUCUCUGAGCGUGUGGGUCACCGAAAGCUGGUUUUCCGACGCUGAACUGAAGACAAUGCUUCAAAGAAAACACUCCAACGUUUCAGACAAACCAAAGCCCAACGCCAAGCCGAAGCGAUCAACCAGCUUUGGCCGAUUUGAUUCCUUCAGACACUCCUCCCCAUCCAAGCACGAUGAAAACGAAGCAAAUCUUCACACUGAGGGACAACAGAUGGCCGAUGGCAGCGACCAGGGCCGAACAAGGGUCCUGGGGAAAAUGAAGGCCAUCUCCUUGACCAUGCGCAAGCGGAUGGGAAGGAAGUACGCCAAGGCUCUGUCGGAAGACAUGGGUGAGGAAAUUGAGAGGGAGCAGGAGGCAGAGGCAGAUGGGGGGCAGCCCUUGGAUAGAGGCUGCAGGAGGAGCAGCAACUCCUUGGAGAGCCUCUACAGCCUGAACAGCGGCCGAAGCUCGUCCAGUGGCAUCACGAGUGGCUCGGAUGGAUCCAGCAACCGGGAGAGCCUGCGAGUGGAGGAGGAGUUGCCGUACACAGGUCACAUCUGCGGCAGAGCCAGGGUCCACACAGACUUUGUACCGAGCCCGUAUGACACAGACUCGCUCAGGCUCAAGGUGGGAGACAUCAUCGAUGUCAUCAGCAAGCCCCCCAUGGGCAUAUGGACAGGUGUGCUCAACAAUAAAGUGGGAAACUUUAAGUUUAUCUAUGUGGACCUGAUUGAGGAGCAGAGAGUGCCCCAGAAGUCAGGGUGCCAGAAGACGGGACCUAACAGGCAAAGCAUACUGCCUACAACAAAAACACUUCAGGAGUUGCUCGACAGCCUUCAUUUAGAGGAGUAUACCUCUUCCCUGCUCCUGAAUGGCUACCAGACUGUGGAGGACCUCAAGGAGCUGAAGGAGCAGCACCUCAUCGAGCUGGACAUGACUGACCUGGAGCACCGGAGCAGACUUCUGGCUGCUGUCGAUUGCCUCCUUGAUGCUGAAGGGUCGGUUUCCAUUUUCCUGCAGGCAAUGAAGAGGAGGGGGGUGAAGACGAGAAAAAGGGUGCCACAGAGAGCAGGCUGCAGUCAGAAAAUAGAAAAGACAACCCAAGUGACUGUCCCAGAGACUCAGGCUGCUAUGUCACUCCUGAGGGGUCUGACAACGGUAAGGAUGACACAUACGGCCACGCUGUGAUAGCAGAAAGGCCCUUGGGGGAGUCCUAGAGCCUCAACGUUCCCCUUCAACCUGUUUGUACUGGAGUCAUUUGUUGACCUGCCCCAAUUGAAAGACCCCUUGUUGACUUAAACGGUGUGUUCAAUCAAUUUCAUCAGUAUCAUUAAACAAUUUAACUGGACAUUUUAUUUGUGUCUAAAGAUUUUUACUUUUCUUUGUAUCCUGUUAUUUCAAUACGUCUUAUACUGUCAUUAUCAAAGGCGCGUGUCUCUACAGGUUUGUCUGAACGAGUGAGGUUGUUCAUGUUGAAAAUUUUUCUACGUGCUUGGUGGAAUUCAAUUUUAAAGAAAAAUGUUUUUUAAAAAAAAAAAAAAAAAGUUGUCAGAGUCCACAGAAAGGCAGUAGACUAAACUUCUGAUAGAGGUUUUACUUCUUACCCAUAUCUGGCCAUUGCAGUUUGUUUUCCUCACUGCAUCAUGUGAUCUUAAAAUAUUUUUUCAAAUAAACCUGUCUUUAAAGUCAGGUAGUAUUUGUACUCUUG